UUUACUUGGUAACUUAGUGCAUUGCAUUGUUUUGUCUUACUAUCGAAUAUAUGCGUGGUAAAUGCAGUGCCAUAAUAUAUUUGUAAUCAAAUGAAAACAUAACUUAAAAAAGGAAUUAUUACGUUUGGACCUUGUACAAUACUAUCCAAAUGGCGGCAGGUGGCAGUUUUUCCAGAACGUUGGAGUUUGGACAUGAACCAAUAUAUGACUUUCCAUGUUCAUUAUGUGAGGAAGAAGGAACAUCCAUGGAAGCUGCUAGAUAUUGUGAGGAAUGUUUUGUUUUCCUUUGCGACUCGUGUGUCAAGAAUCAUAACAAAUUUCCACUGCAUAGGAGACAUCAAUUGUUGGACCAAAGCCAGUUUGCGGUAGUGACCCAAUCUAACCUCGUUUCAUUUCCAACGAAGCGAUGUUUGAAGCAUCCUGGAGAAAUCGUAAACAUUUACUGUGGGGACCAUGAUAUCAUCUGCUGUAGCUCGUGCAAGGUUCUCGAGCACAGCAACUGUGCUAACACCAUGCAUUUGAUAGAUGCGGCAAAGGGUAUAAAGAAAAGCAAAGAAUACCAAAAUAUCACACAAGAAAUCCAUGCUCUCCUCAACGAUGCCGGUAGAGUUCUUGCAGACCGAAGAGCUGAUAUUUCUCGUAUCGAGACUGAAAAACAAAAUGUUAAGCACACUAUUGCUGAUCUUAAAAAGAAUGUCAAUGCGUACUUUGAUGACCUGGAGCAAAAAUGUCUGCAAGAGUUAAACAAUAAAGCGGACAAUAUCGUAAUUGGUUGCAAACAAGACGCAAAAGAUCUAAGUAUCAUGAAAACAAAAGCUGAAGACAUUCGGAAACAGCUCGAUUUAUUCAAGGGAGAUAAUGAAUGUGAUCUCUUCGCACAAGUCAAAAUGGGCAAGCAGUUCAUAAGUAAUGCUAGGCAGAAGAUUCUUAAUAUCUCGAAGACAGUACAGAAAAAUGCUAUUUACUUUAAAAUAAGCCCGAAAAUCGAGCGACUCCUUUGCUCAGUUGAAGUGUUGGGCACUAUUACAGAUACACCCAUGGACGCAAGUCAACUUUUAACAGUAGACAAAGACACGGAUGUGAGUCAGCCACAUCCAUCUAGGAUACACUCACAGACGUCUUUGGAGAAUCGCGAUCCUCUCCCUAAAUACAAAACACCGCCAUAUGGUCAAGUUGGUAUAAAGGAGAAAACUGACUCUAAUGUCUGUGAUAUAACAGGCAUCUGUCAGUUACCAGACGGAACUAUCCUUAUUGUUGAUUAUAACAACAGAAAGCUGAAGAGGCUGGAUAAUACAUAUAAACUGGUCGAUUCCCUACGACUGACCAAUAAUCCAGAUAGUAUCUGUAAUGUUGGUCCUGAUGAAGUAGCUGUAUCUCUGUUUGAGGCUAAAGAAGUUCUGUACAUAUCUGUAAAGGCAGAACUGACAGUGACGAAGUCAUUUCGUACAGGUAACUACUGUAGAGGAAUGGUCUAUGUUGAUGAUAAAUUGUAUGUCUGUUGUGGCAGUACACGAGAUUCAUCUUCCUGGUGUAUUGAAGUGUAUGACAAAGCUGGUCAGCUACAAUUUUCUAUAAGAGAACUAUUUUCCAUUCCAUUGUGUAUCACUGUCACUGAGGAUGGUCAGCAUCUUCUUGUUACCGGCUGGCGCAGUGAUGACGUAACUAUGAUGGAUCUGACUGGUAAUAUAGUCCGCACGUUCGGAAACAGUAAAUUGAAACUACCAAAAGGAAUAUGUAAUGAUAGUAAAUAUCGGACCUUUAUCUGUGGGUACGGUAGUAACACGAUUGUUCAGUUGUCACCGAGGCGUUGGGGUAUAGACGUAAUCCUAACAGAAAAAGAUAGCAUCAACAGCGGCAGUAACACGAAUGUUCAGUUGUCACCGAGGCGUUGGGGUAUAGACGUAAUCCUAACAGAAAAAGAUGGCAUCAACAGCCCAUACGCAAUUUGCUACGAUAGUAAGCGUUCGACACUACUGGUCUUCUGUGAUGAAUCAAGUCAGUUGUCAGCAUUCAGUUUUAAAUAGUCCGUAAAAGUCAAGAGACUGAAACCGCUGAAAAAAUCGGUAACAUUUGUUGACAAUGUACUUCGAUUUAUGAAUAUCAUUAUCAUCAUGUAUUGAUUAUUGUAUUCAAAGGAUUGCUUCUGUGUAGUUUUUAUAUUGAAGUAUUAUCUCGAAACUUUUACCAUCUUAGGGAAUAAAUUUACCUGGCAUUAUUAAG